AUGAAGAAGAGUACAAAAGUUACUGGAAACAAUACUUAAAAGUAGAAUGUAAAAUCACCGACAAAGAAGACAACAGAAGUUUAAUAAGAUUUGAUGUUGUAAAGUGGAAGAGAUUGGGCAAAAUAAUCAUAUCGAAGUUCAAAGAGUCCAUCAUAAGACAGUCCUUCAGGUAUAAGUCCAACAACAAAGCGUAUGUCAUCUUCUGGAGUUUAGAUUACAUAGAACAUUAGAAUGUAGAAGAGACAUUCUUCAAUAGUAGCUAAAGGUACAGAGAUGCAUUAGAGAUCGGUAAUAAAAUAUUUGGGUUUGAAUUUGGAACCUGUAUGUGAUAAAAAGAAUCAUGAGAAAAAUAGAUUGAUAUAUAUAUGUUAGAGUGCUUUUUGUAAAGCAUAGAAACGAUUAGGUUGUGCAUAUUGUUUACUGGAGGAACAUAAUAAUCAUGAGACAAUGGAGGUAUAAUAAUUUUGCAAGGUUUUUGAUGAGAAAUAUAGGUAAUUUCAGGAAUAAUUUGGUUAAAUUGACAAGAUGCCUGAUAGAGUUUAAGAGAUGAAAUAGAAAUUUGAAUAAUUAACAAAGGAUAUAAUAUAAAAGUUGAAAUAGAUAGAGUAAGGAAUAUUAUGUGCAAUAAAUGGUUUUUAAUUAAUGGAUAAUAAAGAGAAUGGAUUGAGUAAUUAAGUAGAUUAAUUAAUAAAGAAGAAUAUAUAUGAGAUGUCUUAAGAGGAAUUAAUUGAGAGUAUAGAAUUUAUAUAGGGUAAACAUUUAAGGGAGAUAAGUUAGAUAGCAAGAGAUACAAAUAUAAAAGUAAAGCAGAGGACGAUAUAAUUAGAUUUAAGUUGGUAAACAUAUUUUCCAUAAUUGGAGUGUGAUAUAUUGUAAGCAUUAGAUGAUAAUAAGGAAUUGUUAAUAUAGGAUUAAGAUUUGAAUUUAAUUAGAUUAUAGAAGAUUGAAAUGAAAUAAUAACGGUUAGAUGGAAUAUCUUAAUAAAUAAAAGAAUAAAUAUAAAAUAAAGAAAACUAAUAAGAAUAAUAAUAAGAGAUUUUAGGAUUGAAACAAUAAGAGAUAUAGAUGAUGAAUAGGAGAGUAAGUAGUGCUUUAGAUAAUAAGGUAGCAAAUUUACCAGAAAUCCAUGAGGAUUACCAUAAUCAUUUUGAUUGUAUGCAUACAGAUGGAUAGACUCAAUAAGAUGUAGAUGAAUCUUAAUAGAAAAUCUAGGAGAAUGUAAAUACAUUUCCUCAUACAAUAUAUACAUAAGAUUGUGAACAUAGAUAACCAUGUAAUACUAUACCUAUAUUUGCAUGUUGUAAUAAAGCAUAUCCUUGUGCUUAAUGUCAUGGUUAUAAAGUACAUCCACCUAAAAUAUCUGUACCAAGUUAUAGGUAUUGUAUGAAAUGUUUAGAAAUCUAUUUAGUCAUCUAUCCUACUAAUUAAGCUGUUAAUUGUUUAAAAUGUUCAUGA